CAGAAACCGAAAGCUACUGGGAUGGGCAGUGUCACCCGACCCCGCCGCCUCCCGUCGCCGGCGGCUUGAACGUGGGAUGGCGGCCAGGCCGGGCCGGGCGGAGUUUAACACCAGGUGAAAAUGGAAAAGAAAAUUGCAGCUGAGUUUUGAGUUUGUGAAAUCUGAAGUGGAGGUUGCACUUCAGUUUCUUUUGUUGUUUUUUUAAGAAAGGUUUUAAGAAAACAGAAUCAAGAUCUAUGAUGUAUUCUGCGGAUUAUUUCAAGAAAGUAAUUCGUAAUGAUGCAAAUGAGAAUGCUAGUAAUGAUGACAAGGACAGUGAGUGUAGCGACAGUGAGAAAAUACGCUUCAUUCCAACAAAGGAAGACGAAGAGAGUGAGAGUACAAGUGACAGUGAUGAGGAGGAUGAGACCAGUGACAGAGUGGAAGCAGCUGUUAUGAAGAUGCUUAAAGAAGAGGAAGGCAGAAGAAAAGAAGCUGAAGACCCAGAUUACCGUAAUGCUUAUAGUAUCUCAAGCACUGAAGAAGUGACACAGCAGGCAUCACGAACUGAAGACAAGGAUUUCAGAGUUCUCAAGCACGAACGUGAUUCCCACAGCCCUGAAAUAAGAAAACAUCUUGAAUUUCUGAAGAAGUUGAGGCUACACAGUUGGGCAUCCCUAUCAAGAGCUCAGUAUGUCAGUCUGUUAAAAGACUUCGUUGAGUCUGAAUUCUUUGUGAUAGAUGGGGAUUCCUUACUACUUAUGUUUUUAGAUUUGAAAACACAAUAUCUAAACUUCUUCUACCAAAUUGAAUGCUUCCUGCAGAAUUUCACUGAAAAAGGAGCUAAAUAUGUCAUUGUUUUCUUCAAGGAUGCAGAACAGAUGUAUCUUCCAUAUCCUCAUUUUCUUUUCUUGCGUACUGCCUUAAUAGAACACCUGAGGCAUAACACAGGCACAACUGUUCAUACAGAAUUUUCCAAUUGUUUAUCAUCCAAAUGGGAGAAUUUCCUGAAGAAAAAUUAUCCUUACUUCAUCAUCAUAUCUGACAUAGGACUGACCUCUCUCCAAACAGACUAUUUAUCUAUUUUAAUUGCUCAUUCAUUGGCAAAGAAAAUCAACGUUGUGCUUGCUUCAGGACAGGAGUAUGAUAUUCUUAGAGUUUACGGAUAUCAUGUUCAGAGUGUGUAUAAACACAGAGUAUUUUUUCAAAAGCAUCAAGAUGAUCUGCAAUAUGCCUGUGAAAACCUAGUCAGGUACAAAGAACCGUUGAUAUGUCUAUAUGAACAUCUCAAGCUGAGCCUGAAAAGCAUACAAAAAGAGGUUCACCAGACUGUGUGUCUGUUGAGACAGCUGUGGCCUGAGGGAUCUGACAUUCAGCGUGUGGUCUGUGUUCUUGCUUGUGCUGUGGGAUUAAAAAUAUACAGCAACAUGUUGAAAAAUUCAAAUACUUCCAUGGGAGCAAAGACAAAGCAAUCAGCAAGACAGGGAAGAAGUAAACCCCUAUCUCCAGAAGAAGCAGCUGACCUCUGUAGAAUGCAGUGUCUUACAGUCGCUUUUCUUCUUCAUAUGCCUCUUUCACAGAGAGCUCAGAUCAGGAUCAUGAAAUCCUACUGGACUAAGCAAGUUUUACCAUUAAUAAAAAUGCAACAGCUGUGUACGCAUUUUUCUCUGACACAGCUAAGUGAUACAAAUGGUUGGAAAUUGGAUUUAACUUACCUGCCUGACUUAAAUGAUGAUUCACUGCUCAGAAAUAUUGCACAUUACUAUGAGGUCGAAUAUACUAGAGGGUUAGAGUUCAAAAAGGAAUUGGGGAAAGAAAUAGAGAAUGAAUACCAGUGUUUAUGGGACACUGUAACAAAAUUGGCUGUGAAAUACAGUUUUGGAGAUGCCUUCCCAAUACGAAAGACUUCCCAACUAUUUCUUGAACAGGAACAGACAUUAUUUAGAGACUAUGCAGCAGAAAUUCCUAACAUUGGACUUAUCUCAGUGAAAUCUGAUCUUGUUGAAGAUUAUGCUGGAGAUGUUUUGAAAGACCUACCUGUUUUAGAAAGCAAUGAUCCUGCAAUUACUUCACUUACUAGAUACAGGGAAUUUGAUGAGCUUCAUCACUGGCAUUCUGGCAGGCCUUUGGCUGAGGAAUAUGUGCGAGUACGGUGUAAUACUGAUGCAAAAUACAAAGAUCCAGAAGAAAGAAGACAAAUACAAAAUUUACAGAAUUUUCAAAAUUUUUAUGGAAGCACUUUGGAAAAGUUCACUUCAAAAGUUGUUGUACAUCAAGAGGAUGUGUCAGGGAAUGCUAGUACUGCUGUUAAAAAGACACAAAAAAAGCAUAAAAGUAAAGCGGAAACAAUUAUAGAGGAAAACAACAGACGACUGAAAACUAAAGAAGAAAAGAAAGAACAGGAGCAAUGGAAAGCCUUGUAUAUACCAAUUGAAAAGGAAAUAAAAGCAAAUCUGACUGUUGGAAUAAAUAAAUUGGAGAAGUUUCUCAAGACCCUUAAAAGUAAAUCUGUGAAGUUCAACGUAGAAAUGGCAGGACUGUCUGUCUGUUUAGAAGUGUGGAAGAAACACUGCAGAGAGCAAGGUAACAAAUCUAAAGAUUUAAGCAAAGCUGUUGAAGUCAUGAGGAGAAUUCAUAUCCUCCUUGAAAAAUAUCAAGAUCUCUUGGAGAAACCACAUCUACAAAAGCUGACCAGAUAUCUAAGCCUUCUUGGAUUUGAGAAUUUGGCAUGCUGUCUGUCUGGCCAGACAGGAGAAAGUAGCGAUCACAAUGUAAGCACCUGUGCUGUCGAAGUGGGUCCAGCUCGCUUUCAGCUACAAUAUAUGGAUUAUUACUUGCUCAGAGAAGAGAGAAAUGAUCCAGAUCCCCGAGUGCAACAUUUCAUACCAGACACAUGGCAGCGAGAACUUUUUGAUGCUGUAGAUAAUAAUGAGUCUGCAGUGGUUGUUGCACCCAGUUCAUCAGGAAAAACAUAUGCAUCAUACUAUUGCAUGGAAAAAGUUCUGAAAACAAGCAAUGAUGGAGUGGUUGUGUAUGUUGCUCCUACAAAGGCCCUUGUAAACCAAGUGGUGGGAACUAUAUGCAGUCGAUUCACCAAGGAACUUCCGUAUGGAUUGGCAGUGUGUGGAGUCUUCACACGAGAUUAUCGCAGUGACGUCAUGAAUUCUCAGAUACUAGUGACCGUGCCUCAGUGUUUAGAAAUCUUGAUGCUGUCUCCUCGUUGCCAGAAAUGGACCAAACGGAUACAAUAUGUUAUAUUUGAUGAGGUCCAUUGUCUUGGCGGUGAAAUUGGAGCAGAGAUUUGGGAGCAUCUUCUGGUAACAAUUCGGUGUCCGUUUUUGGCGCUCUCUGCUACUGUCAGCAACCCAGAACACCUAACUGAGUGGUUACAAUCUGUGAAAAGGUAUUGGCAACAUGCUGAGAAUGGAAUAGAAAGAAGCUCUGCAAACUCUGAAAAGAACUUUACAAGAAAAUGUAAAGUGAAAUCUAAACUACAAGAACAAAAGAAAUCAUAUCGUGUUAGACUAGUCUUGUAUGAAGAAAGAUACAAUGAUUUGGAAAAUUAUGUGUGUUCUCUGAAGGGCAGUGAUUUUAUCAUUGAACUUUGUCAUCCAUGUGCUGCAUUAACAGUCAAUCACAUUGAGAACUAUGGUAUUCCUUCAUAUCUUUCUCUGUCUCCACGAGAGAGCAUUCAGCUUUAUGACACAAUGGUGAAAGUCUGGCAAGAGUGGCCAAGGGCACAGGAGCUAGAUCCUGAGGAGUUUGUCUCUUUCAAGAAUAAAGUGGUAAUAAAAAGGUCAGAUGUGAGGAAAUAUGAACAGGAACUAAAGAAAGAACUAAGCAAAUGGAUUGUGCUUGGCCAAAGACAGAAGGUGAAUAAGCUAUUGGAGCACCUUAAGCCACAACCUGUGGAUUGCUCGGAAAAGAAAAAGUGGAAGCGUUUUGCAAGCUUUGUUGAUAAAUUACAUGAGAUGGAUAAGUUGCCUGCCAUAUUUUUUAUAUUUAACGUGGAUUCAGUGGAAUGGGCAGCCAAGAAUGUAUUUCUCAGUUUGCUGAAAAAACAAAAAAGUGAACAACACCCUAGCACUGAGAAGGAAGAAGAACAUUUAAGGGAUGAACUAAGAAAAGUGAAUAAACAGCUAACAAAAUUGAACCCUCAGGAUAUCAAAAAGUUGAGCCCCAGUGAAAUGGACAACAUGAUAUUUCUUUUGACUACAAAACAACAGUUAGAAAACAGACUUAAAAAGCUAACUGCUAUCCCUUCUGCAUGUGCUUACACUGAUCCUAAAGCAGUGGAUGAAGAUACUUUGAGGAAGAUUUUUCAUCAACUUAAUUUUGAGAAAAGAGGCUAUCUGCAGCAAAUGAUGGCAUUGAAGGGCAUUGGGUAUCAUCAUGGAUCUAUGGCUACCAAGGAAAGACAAGCAGUGGAAAUGCUUUUCAGGCUGGGAUAUAUCAAGGUAGUCACAGCUACUUCAACACUUGGUCUGGGAAUCAACAUGCCAUGUAAAUCUGUUGUCUUUGCUGAAGAUUCUGUCUUUUUAGACACCCUACAUUACACACAGUUGUCAGGACGAGCUGGAAGACGGGGACAAGAUAUGAUUGGAAAUGUGUUCUUCUAUGAUAUCCCACUGCCCAAAAUUGAAAGGCUUAUCAAAUCCAAUGUACCUCAGUUGAAAGGCCAGUUUCCUCUGAAUGUUACCUUAAUAUUGAGACUCAUGCUGUUGGUUGCGAAGGCUGAUGACAAAGCAGAUGCCAGAGCAAAGGCAUUGUCAGUGUUGAAGCACUCACUGAUGUCAUUCAGAAAAGAAAGAUAUGCUGAAAUAUUAAAAAUUUAUUUUAUAUUUUCCUUGCAAUUUCUUAUCAAAGAGGGCUACUUGGAUCAAGAAGGUAACCCCAUAGGAUUUGCUGGACUUGUGACACAUUUGUACUAUCAUGAACCUUCAAAUUUUGUUUUAGCGAGCUUUCUUGUGAAAGGUUUAUUCCACAAAUUGUGCCAGCCAAUUAAAGGCUCAACUGUUUUUUCAGAAGAAGUCCUGGAAAAGCUAGUCCUCAUUCUAGCAAACCUAUUUGGGAGAAAGCAUCUUCCAGCUUGCUCAAUGAAAUAUAAACAAACGUCUUGCCAGUCAAAGGUCUUUCUAGAAGAUCUGCCAAAAGACUUUGCGGAUGCUGUAAAUGAGUACAACACCAAAGUAGAGAAAAAUUUUGCUCAUUUUCUUCUGACAAUUGCCAAGCUGGCAGAUAUGGAACAAGAAUACAGACUUCCACUGUCAAAGACAGAUUUUACAUCUAAGAAUUGGCAUGGCUCUGAACUAGCAUCUUAUUUGAUGGACAACACCAAAAGCAUAUCUGCCAUCUCACCUUUUGCAUGCUUAUCUGGAGUGGUUGAUAACGAUCUAUUUCAUGGGGAGAUAAUUAAUAAAGCUGUUUUACGUUCUCUUGGAAUUAAUGUCACAAACUGUCCCCUGUUUUAUUUGAACAAGUAUGAUAAUCAAGGAAGGAAGAGGCCACUCAAUGCAUAUGCACUGGACUUUUAUAAGAAUGGUUCCUUGACUGAUAACUGGUUAAAUGAGAGAGAUGCUUACUACGCACUCAAGGAUUUUUCACUCCUCAUUAAGUCUAUUGGAACAUCACUGAGUGAACUGUGUGAUAAUCCAAACGAUAACGUUCUACUGGCAUUUCGGCAACUGGGUGCAAUCUAUGAAGAGAAACUGAAGUCUGUUACCUGAAGGAAAAAAAAGAAAGCAGCAGUACAUACUCCUUUUACCACAGAGAUUAGCUGCCUUUUAAGUUAGGAAGUGACUAGGUCUGAGUUUCAUAAUAAAGCUUUAGUAAUAUCCAAUAUUAGUAAUACAAAGCUUACUUUAGAAAAUUAACCUUUACACGCUGAAAUUUUAGCAGAUCCAAUAUCAGCAAAAUGAUUGUUUGUAAUAGAUUACAAAACUAGGUAAUCACACUUAUCUUGUAAUUGCAUGUUUUAUUUUUUUUUAGGCAGUGGUAUGUAUGUUAAGACAGCUCUCAGAAAUAUACUGAACAAAUGUCACAGUUCUGACACCUGGUGAGAUUAGCGUCUCAGUGGGACAGCAUUGGAAACUUUCAGCCCAUUUGUGAAGGAUGUUCAGCAAUUAUUUUGGCAAUUAUAAUCAAAUAAAUAGGUCUUAAUUAUUUUCCAAGGUUUCUAUUAAGUUAUGAAGUAGUACCUUCGUGAACUGUUAUAAAAGCUUUUAAACUGGUCUGCAAUUUUAGUCAACAAACUUUUAAGUAUAAAGAGGGGUUUGUAUCAGUACAAUGAAGUUUGAUUAAUAAAAUGUUCCAACCCUAUGGAGAAUUGCUUCAUUUUUCAUUUCUUGAAUCCUUAAGAGUCAGAAAGAUCCAGGACACCUCUAGCAUACUUGUCAAAAAGUCCCUCGCAAGACAAAUUACUGAGUUUAGUAAAAUAGGUUUCCCAAACUAUUUUCUUGGUAUUUUUGCUGGAAAAGAGUUUUCAGCAGUAUUUUCAUACUAUUCCUGAAAACUCUUCAGUUUACCGCUACAUUUUAGUCUAUUUGUAGUCUGAAAAAAUAUACACACACAUACUAAAGUUUAGAUAGGAAAAUCAGGCUUUGGCGACAGUCCUCAUUGCCACAUACAAUUUUAUAACGAUGACCAAGAUAGUGAUGGAAGUUAUUCUCUAUUGGUAAUAACAAAAUGUGCAUUGAGGACCAUUCAGAAUCCCAUUUCUCUGAAUUAGCUCUGGUGUUCAUCAAACCAUCACUGAUAAAGUCUUUGACUUGAAAUCUCUUCAAGCAGCGUUAAACUGCAUGCAAUGUAUUGUUGAGAGAUAUUGGAGGGGGGAAACGUUUAUGUAGUCAGGUAGUGCUGCUGAGCUACCAUCAACUGACUUAAACUCUUUUCUCCUUCCAGCUUUUUAACGUCUGAAACAAAAUUAUAACAGAAAUGGAACGUAGUGGUAGAAAAGACUGCUUUAACUCUGCUUGGACAAUAAAAUUUACUCAAAUUAUUCUUUACUGCCUGCAAGUUGUGCCAUAUGUAGAUAAAUCUUGCACAACUGUUCCUCAGCUAGGGUAGAAGUGACCUUAUUUAGACCUUUCCAUGUUCCUGUUUUGUGAUGCAAACGGAGUAAUCUUUUUAGCUAAGACACAAUUAAUUGACCAAGGCAUAUUAUCAGAAAUUGGUCUUGUUGUGUUCUCAGUUAUUUGAUGAGUAAGCAUGAAAUCCUGGGUGAAAACCAAACUGAUUAGGUCUAUCACAGGGUACUUCAGGUAUGCUGAAGACUAUAACGUCUCUUAAAGCGUUAGUAACAGCAGGCAACAUUUCACUUUUAAUACUGUAUAUAAAAAGCACCUCACUCCUGUUAUAGCUUUUAGUAAUGACUCUGUAGUGAAAGAUCAACAAGUGAUUAAGUCAAAACGACCAAGGAAUCAACUUGAGAAAGUAUCAGAAAAAUCAAUAAUUCCACUGAUUUAACAUCUGUGUGGACUUAAUUUUAGUGUGACCAGUUGUAAAUAAAACAUCUGGCUUAACAUUUAUCUUCUCUGUAAAACCUUAAUGCUGAGCUGUAAUGCACUUAGACAACAACUUGCCAUGCUUGAAAAGCAGUCCUAGGACUGUACUGAACCCAUAUGCCAACUAUUUCUGCUUUUAAAAAUGGUGCAUCAUAGUCUAUUUGCUUCAUGAUUUUAUAAUGGUGUCUUUUUGCUAAAAGACAAAAAGCAUGUCAUUUAAAGUUUAACUUUAUCAAACUCUUAUGAAACACUGUAAUAGAAAUGAACAGAAGGUAUGUUGAAAAUAAGCAUUUUUAAGAAACUCGGUAGGGUUUCUGAAUAACCCUAGCUCAUUAGGACUUUUUUUUUCAGUCACUGUAGCAGAAAACAAGCAUUUUCUACAACCUACUGGCAACAAAUUUUAUAGAUUCCUUAUCUGUCUCUCUAAAAUUGUUCUAUUUGUCUCGUUUUCAUUAUAGUGAGAUCAACCUCCAUCCAUGACACUUUCUGCCAUUUUCAUGCUCAGCCUUUGUCUUCCAGUAAUUUAACUUAAUACCUUUUUAACACUUUCCCCCUACACAGGCAGAACAUGAAAAGAGUAUCUAGAGAUAAAAGCAGAACAAUUCUUAAGUCUUACUGUAUUUCAGUUUCCUCUGAAGAUGAACAUAAAGAAGUAUAAAACUAACAAUAAAGAGAUUUUUCACCACCUUCUUUACAGUAAUGCAGAUGCAAAGGGAACAUUACUAAGUUUUAUAAGUUCUAGAAACUAUUUUUCAGCACAUUUAAUAGAAGAAUGCACUGCCACAGAAAAACUGAGGCCAAGAAUUUAACGCAAACCAAAUUAAAGUUACAUCAAUGUUUCCUAAACCAAGAAUAGUAUUUCUAAGUAUUCUGUCACAGUAAGUAUAUUGGUAAGCCCUGCAGAGAUUUAAAU